AUGAUGUGGCAGUGCCAUGUCUCGGCCUCUGAGUGCCGCUGCUACAGGCUCAAUGGCUUCUCGUUGCUCAAACGCCUCCCUAUGUCAUCAGAUGCUGCAGGAAGCCGGGUGCUGGAGCAGCCAGUGGGGGAGUGGCUGGAGCACGUGGGUUUUCCUCAGUACGAAAGUAAGCUGCUGCUCAAUGGAUUUGAUGACCUGCGCUUUAUGGGCAGUAAUGUAAUGGAAGAUGAAGACCUUAGAGAAAUUGGCAUCACAGACCCUGGCCAUCGGAAGAAAAUUCUUCAUGCAGCAAAAAGCCUACCAAAGGUGAAAGCUCUGGGUUGUGAUGGCAGUACCUCACUGGCCUCCUGGCUGAACAACCUAGGUCUUGGAGAAUAUCUUCACAACUUUUUAUCCAGUGGCUAUCGCACUUUGGAGUGUGUGAAAAACUUGUGGGAGCUGGAGAUUGUUAAUGUGUUAAAAAUCACUCUGCUUGGCCACAGAAAGAGAAUCAUCGCCUCUAUAGCAGAGCGACCCUACGAGGAAGCACCUUCAAAGAACAAACGCUUCUCCCAGCUUAAGAUUCAAGACCUUUUGUCUCAGAAUCCGGCACCUCUUGGUUACAUGGAUCUGUAUACAAGUCGCUCCAUGGACACGCUACUGCCGCUGGGAGAACAUGGGAGGAGAGGUAGAGCGAUGGAUCAAGACUGCAGCAUCUCACUCCGCUCCUAUAGUGAGAGGUCACGAUCACAUGUAAGUCUUCUCGGUGGUGGUGUUAGGUUGGGUGAGAAUGUGUUUGUGUUUGUGCCAGACAGAGUCAUAGAUCGUCAAAAGGAAUCACGGCUAAGCCUGAGGCCCCCAAGCCAGUCUGCUACGUACACCACUGUCUCUACGUGGCACCACCAUCCUGAGAAGCUCAUUACUGAGGCUUGCUGCUAUGAAGCUAGUUAUCUUGGCUCUGUGAUCAUCAGAGACCUCAGAGGUAUUGAAUCUACCCAGGAGGCCUGUGCAAGAAUAAGGAAAUCUAAGGACCAUCGAAAAGGCCCUGUAAUAGUCCUGUCCAUCACCUACAGAGGAGUCAAGUUUAUCGAUGCAGCCACUAAGGCUAUAGUGGCAGAGCAUGAGAUCCAGAACAUCUCCUGUGCGGCUCAGGACCCUGAUGAACUACGCACUUUUGCCUACAUUACGAAAGACUUGAAGUCAGGCCACCACUUCUGCCAUGUUUUUACCACAGUGGAAGUGACGCAAACCUAUGAGAUCAUCCUGACUCUGGGACAGGCGUUUGAGGUGGCUUAUCAGAUGGCUCUUCAAGCACAGAAGGCCCGGCGUCACAGUUCAUACGGUGGUCCAAAUUCAGAGAUCAUUGAGAGCAAGAGCAGCAGGCCAAUCUCCUCUCGUAACAGUACGCGGCGCUCAGUGAUGGAGCCCAUCGAGCAUGAGACAGAUGUGAAGUCCUUGGGAGGAAGCAGCUGGCCCUUUGACCUGCAUGACACCUCCAGGCCAGCCAACCGUGCCAAGUACGAGACAACCAUAUUUUAAACUGGGACAUCGGCCAUAACCAGCGUCCCCUCCCAAUGCGACUUGCUCCUUGAGAAAACUGUAGUGCCCUGUGCCUUCUCACUG